AUGGGUUGCUGUGAGGCUGUGGAAGAAUUCAUGGUGUACGAGGUGUUUGGCACAGUAAAUGUGCAAUCCAGGUUCUCGGAAACAAAACAGGAGGCUGUGAAAACUGGAGAUAGCACCCAGUGCGCUUUGGCGGGUAUUACCCGAGCCUUCUCAGAUACCACGAUGGGUAGAGAAGAUAUACCUACCCUGUCUCGCCCGAUCCUACGGGAGGCGGGAGCAGAUGGCCACAUGGAUUACAUAGUCGUCGAACAGUGGGGCAAGGAAAUCAUACCAUACCGCGAGGCCUCUGGCUUGGAGAGGAGAAAUGUUGAUGAAUCACGACAAAAGGUUGGAGGCACCAACACAGAGCAUGCGAGCCAGCCAAUGGACAUGAUGUUUCAGAGCCAAGAUGACGGAUUCAACCAAAAUAUUACCGCUUACAGGAAGCCACGAGAACGAAGAGGCGUGAAGUGACAAAUACUCGACAUGACUGCGAGGGAGUGGCGCCAAGGAGCUUGAACCAGAGGAAGUUGGCCGGGAUAGAAGAGAGGAGAGGGGC